AUGCGCUCCACCUCGUCUCUACUGGACCGGCUGGGGGAGGAAUGCUAUGAACUGCCUCCGGUGCGCGAGCGCGCUUGCCACAGCGCCCGCGUCGACCCCGUCGUUCAUCGCUCCCCUCGCCCCCGUCGUCGCGAAAGUCAGUUGUCUCAAGACGGCAAGACGUUCUUCCUGAAGCUUCAUGCCUCAUGGGACGUGUUGACCAAGUAUGCAGAGUUCCUGAAUAUGAAGAUGCCCAUAAAGAAACAGGAGCAGACCAAGAAAUUUAACGUCAGGCGUACAACCUUAAAUAGCACCUCCAUCGCCUUCUCACGUCAGGCUCACGCGUUUGGAAAAACUGAGUCGGAAAAUCAAGAAGAAGGCAUCCCCCUAGCAUGGUGCGAAAACGAAGAGGAAGAGGCAGAAUGCUCGUGCAAGAGCCUGUGGAACCUUUGGUGCCUAAGCCCAGAAGGACCUUUCAUGUACAACCGGGAACUGAUCCCGGACGAGCCGCAAUACGUCACUUGUGUCUUCAGCCGUCAACAGGAGAAACAGUUAAGUGCCUAUUUAAUGCGGGACAAUCGAAUGUUCCUUAAUUCGCGGCGGUGUAUUGUUUGGCUCUUUAUUGAUUCCUGUAAGCGGCAAUGAAGGCAAAUCGCAUCGAUCCGCGUUAUGACCUUGUGCGAUAUUGUAGUACGCCCUCGUAAAAAACACUUGUUUAUUAUCAGAAUUCGAUAAAAUAAACGGUUUCCGAGUAGUUUGAUAGUGCGGUGUCUUUAAAUUUUUACGGCUGAACUCAAGUGUUUCCAAAUGCGUGUUUGGCUGCGGAUGCUUCAGCAUCCUUUCCGAUACAAUCGAGGCUGCGAACGAGACAGUUGGAACCUUUGGAGCCGUAGACUGUACCCAUGAGAGCAAAAAAGUCAAAGGAUCUGUACCUCUACAUGUGACCCUUUGCCCUUUGUGAUGGAGCCACUCAAAAUUGCAUUACGUCGUUUGCAGACUAAACAGUUAAAUGCAUCAGUCUUAGUCAGUUUAACUGUUUAGUCCACUUGAUUGUUCAUAGAGUACUUGAUAUGUAGUUUUAGAGGCACGGAUGUUGAAAUGCAAGCAACGGUGAGCACGGAAGUGUGACUGUGUGCUCUGUGUUGGUCAAGGUGAGCAAUAGCAAUGCCUUGACCAACAUGGGGAAUGGGUGGUAUACCAAUACAUGGUAAAAACUGGCCUUUGGAGACAAACAUCUUAACAAGGGUUGCACAUAUGAGUAUGGUUCUCUUGACUUUUUAUACUCAUAUGGGGGUUCUAUGACUGGGGGUGAGAAACCCCUAGUUUGGCAUUUGCAUCUUACAUUAUUUGUUGCUUAAGGAGAUGAGCUCGUGGGACACCCUGCUUUUGCAAGAAAUAUUGACCAUUGAACUGGAAAUAAUUAUGCUCUGUUAUUAGUAGGACAGAUCCCCGAAUGACAAGCACCUGUUGAAUUGUAUAGGAUUUUUGUAGUAAAAGUUAUUAGCAAGCAUCACUGCAUCGAAGUGUGGUACAGAUAGAUAUAAUGAAAUAAUAUUAAUUUUGUAAAAUUGAUGUGUUUCAGGUGAUACUGUUCCUACCAUUUUCAUGAUUCUUGAUUUGGAUUUUAAUGUUGAACAGACAACUAAACUAGAAUGGGGGAUUAAUGCCUUAAAAAAGGAUGUAUUCUUAUUUUGCCUGAGGAAGAUAUUUGAAAUGUCUAAAAUACUUGUUUAAUUCGUCAAACAAAUAAAUUUAACUCUGAAAGACAGUACAAUUUCUUAUGUAUAUUUAGCAUCAUAAGUUAGAAUAUAAAGUUUUAUAAACAUGGAAACUGCAAAACAAUUUUUCUCAUUCCUUAAAUCAAGAAUCAAAUGGCUUGAUUAGCAUAACCAGUUAUUCUUCCUCUUAUGUUGUCAUAAACAUGGUCUAAUAUCUGAAUAUGUGUCACUUAAAUAUAUUUCAUUGAGCCAUUCUGACAUAAGGUGGAAACCUUAUGUCAGAAUGACUCUUUCCAAAAAUGAGUUGCUAGCUAGAGAGCAAAAAGGAAGGAGGUAGCCUCUUUUGAAUUUUUGCUCUACCUCACAUAUAUGGUCUUCACCACAAAUUGUGAUCCUAUAUGUUUGUAUAAUAAACUGGCAAAAAUUCAAGCUAUCUCAUACAAACAAUCACAUGUUGUAAAAGAAAAAAUGAUGAAAAAAUUUCUCUGGCUCCUGUGGGCUUUCAGCAACAGCUCAAAACAUUCUCACAAGGUACAGUACCACAACUAAUCUGAUGUCAAAGUCCCAGACAAUAUCCAUUACUUUCUAAAAUAUGGCCCCAAGUACAUUCUGCUGGUGAAUACUUCUCUAGCAGAAUUAAUUUCUCCCAUUAUGGCAGCAGCAAAAAGUUGUCAGCACCUUCAACCUAGUUUGGAAAUUGAAGCUAUAUCCAAAUUUUAUUCUUCCAAGACUGCAUCCUAUCAGUGUAAGGUGAACUUGAAGGUUGCUAAUAAGAACUGUAGAAUGGUGAAGCAGUUUCUCUGUAACAAGAACCUGAGACUAUUAAUUUCAGACAACACCAAAAAAGAUUUGUCUUAUGUAUGUAAGAUGUUCCAAUGUUGACAUUACAUCUAGAGCAACACAAUUUUUUGCACAGUCAUCUGUUAUAUUAAGCAUUUAUCCCAUUCCUAAUGUUAUAAGAAAAACUAAAAAUAUUAUCUCGUGUCCUGAUCUAACCGCCAUCAUCAUUGGUCCUCUGGAUCCUCUUACAAACAUGGCUUGCCUAUAUCUGUUUUUUGAGGUUAAACCACACAAACAUGGAUGGCCUGUUUGCCCCUUAGCCAACAAACAAAUCCAUUCCAUAUAUUUCUUGGAAAAGGUCCUAGCCACCUUUUUUAAGGUAUUAUUCCCCCAUUCUAGUUCAGUCAUCUCUUCAACAUUAAAAUCUAAAGAAUCACGAAAAUUGUAGGAACAGUGUCAUCUGAAACA